CGCAGGGGGCGGCGCGGCCCCGCGGCGGGGAGGGGCGGGAGCGCGCGCGCGGGCCCUCACAGGCGCCGGCGGAACCCAGCGGACUCGCGUGCGGCCGCGGCGCCAACUCGUGUGGGACCACAGCUCCGGCUGGCCGGCGGGUCGCGGGUCAGCGCGCCGCUCCUGCCGCCCGCAGCCGAGCCUGCCCGCGCGCCCGUGCCCUGGUGAGGCUGGCAUGCAGGAUGGCAGGACAGCCCAGCCACAUGCCCCAUGGAGGGAGCCCAAACAGCGUAUGCCACACCCCAGGGCCCACACACUCUCCCGACCCACAGGUCUUUGCUUGCCAAUUGUUGGAGCUGGUUCCAGAUCCUCGAAAUAGGCACCUGAACACCCUGUCGUUUCGCUGCUCUCUGGCUGACUUCCAGAUCGAAAAGAAGAUAGGCCGAGGGCAGUUCAGCGAGGUGUACAAAGCCACCUGCCUGCUGGACAGAAAGACGGUGGCUCUGAAGAAGGUGCAGAUAUUUGAGAUGAUGGAUGCCAAGGCCAGGCAGGACUGUGUCAAGGAAAUUGGCCUGCUGAAGCAGCUGAACCAUCCGAAUAUCAUCAAAUAUUUGGACUCAUUUAUUGAGGACAAUGAGCUGAACAUUGUGCUGGAGCUGGCGGAUGCAGGUGACCUCUCACAGAUGAUCAAGUACUUCAAGAAGCAGAAGCGGCUGAUCCCCGAGAGGACCAUCUGGAAGUACUUUGUGCAGCUGUGCAGUGCUGUGGAGCACAUGCACUCCCGCCGGGUGAUGCACCGAGACAUCAAGCCUGCCAACGUGUUCAUCACAGCCACGGGGGUCGUGAAGCUUGGUGAUCUCGGCCUGGGCCGCUUCUUCAGCUCCGAAACCACCGCAGCCCACUCACUAGUGGGAACACCGUACUACAUGUCACCAGAGAGGAUCCACGAGAAUGGCUACAACUUCAAGUCUGACAUCUGGUCUCUGGGCUGCUUGCUGUAUGAGAUGGCCGCUCUCCAGAGCCCCUUCUAUGGAGAUAAAAUGAACCUCUUCUCCCUGUGCCAGAAGAUUGAGCAGUGUGACUACCCGCCUCUCCCUGGAGAACAUUACUCUGAGAAGCUACGAGAGCUGGUCAGCAUGUGCAUCUACCCCGAUCCCGACCAGAGGCCCGACAUCGUAUACGUGCACCAGGUGGCCAAGCAGAUGCACGGGUGGACGUCGAGCACCUGACCACACACCUGACUGUGGCCACGGCGUGCCUUAGCAGAAGCCAGCACCACUUGGCCUUACUUGAGUCUUCUCUGCAAAGUGGCCACCUGGUAGCCUAGAUUAACUGUAAGAGGGUUCCACAGGUCCCUCUAAGGGGACCUGGCUUCACCAUAGAAGUUGAAUGCAGAACAGCUGGUGGGAGGGGCACUGGUCAAGUCCCUGGUGGUCAUAUUUGAAAGUCCUUUCUUUAAACUCUUGUGGACAAUCUCAGCUGGGUUGUUAGCAAGGGCGGGUGGCUCAGCAAGCCACUGAUGCACCCCUCCUAUCUGGAUUGUAAUGUGAAUCUUUUGGAUAAUUCUUUGGCCCAACUAGGUUUUUUGGUUAUAGAAUUGCAGAAGCCUGUGACUUACGUAGUGAGUCUUUGAAAAUGUCUAGUAGUAAGUUCAGUUUAGCUCUUCUUAGAAACUUUCCCAACCAUCAAGCUAUGUGCUUACUCUGUUGUAAAGGGAUAAUAUGGAAAUCACUUUGUUAAGCAAAGUGGAGAUUUUUCCUAAUAUUUGUAUCUCUCUGUUUAUAACGAUGAAUGAUGAUGAGAACCCAGUAUCUGGCACAGAGCUUCAGAAGCAAACAGUAUUUGAAAGCCACACACACACACACACACACACACACACACACACACAUAUAAUCCAUGCAGCCCAGACUCCGCCUGAACACCUGCUACAAACCAGGCACUUCACCUGCUUAAAAGCUGGCCGUUCAUCUCACCAUGAGAAGGAAGCAUGGGAUACAUAAAAGUGUACGGGCUCUGUCCUCCAGCUGUUCUAUGUUCAAAUUCUCGUUCAGCAACUUCCUGAUGUGACCCUGGGGAGGUUUCUUAGCCUCACUGAGCCUUAGUUUCCUCGUCUGUAAAAUAGGCCCAGUAGUAUCUCCCUUCAGGACUGCUGGCAGGAUUUCAAACAUACAUGUUAUCUAGCACAUUACAGAUAAUCCAGAAGUGGUAGCCACUCAUCCCUUCCAAAAACUGUAGUCCAUGGACCAUGUAUUAUGUGUCAGAAACCAGAAAUGGGUUCAUUUAUUUCUUGCUCCCAAAUAGGAUUAACUGUGAAGACUAAUUUAUAAAUGUGAAUCAAAGAAAACUGAAGCUCUGAAGGAAAUAGUUGGGCUUUCAUUUUUAUACUCAAGUUAAUCCACUAAUGGUCUACAUUGUCAUCCACUGACAUAGUGACAGUUCGGCCCUCUAGACAGUGCAUCUACCCAUCUACUGUGGUGGUGACCUAACUACGGUCAGCUCCCUGAGGCUAAAGGACGAGGGCUGGGCCACUGCUCCGCUCCCUAUGUGGACUGCACUCUACUGUAACACUGUCGGGUCUGAGAGAUUUUCUUCAGCCGCCUCCUUUGCUUUGGACUUGUCUCCUCCAUGUCUGAAAUAAAAUGGGACAAGAGGGUUACUUACCUUUGUGA